UUGUAUGUCUUCUUUGGAAAAAUGUCUGUUCAUGUCUUCUCCCAUUUUUUAAUUGGAUUAUUUUUUUUUUGGUGUUCUUUAUAUAUUUUGGAUGCAAACCCUUUAUCUCCUCCCAGUUUUUUAAUAGACAAACCAAACAAUCUUAUAGACAUGUAAGGACAGUUUGCUUUACAAUAAAUCUAAUAUGAACCAAACUAUUUUUAAAAAAGAAAAAGUAAUAUUUAAAAUUUAAAAAAAGGAUUCUUAACAAAUAUGCUACAGAAGAAAUAAAAAGCUUGGAUAGUAUGUAUAUUUUCUGUUCAUAGACAGUUUUUACAUAACUUAUUGACAUAUAAUUCACAUAUCACAAAAUUCACUCUCUGAAAGUAUAUGUAGUGACUUCAGGAAUAGUCUGAGUUGAAUAUAUUAAAUCACUACCCAAUUUUAGAAUGUUUUUGUCAUCACAAAAAAGAAACCCCACACCCACUAGGAGUCACUCUAUGUUAUCCCUUCUCCCCAGCCCCUGGCAACUACUGAUCUAUUUUCUGUCUAUGGAUUUGCUUAUUCUGGACAUUUUCUAUAAAUGGAAUCAUAUAUGUGGCCUCUUGUGUCUGGCUUCUUUCACUUAGUGUGAUGUUUUUAAGGUUCAUUCAUGUUGUAUAUACCAGGACUCCCUCUUAUGACAAUAAUACUCUGUUGUGUGUAUUGUAUCCAUAUUUUGUUUAUUCAUCUGAUGAAUACUUCUGUUUCCUCUUUUUGGCUAUUAUGAAUAAAUGCUGCUUGCAUAGACCAUUUCUCUAAAAGGUAUGAAAGUCCUGUGGGAAGUGUGAAAGGGAAACUUACCUUUACCUUUAUGUACUAAGUGAUUUUUUUAAACCAAGUUCAUAUAUUACUUUUUUUUCCCCCUAGUGCGUAUAUUGCUUUUUAAUACAAACAAGCAUAAAAACCCAAUCAUUAAUGGACCUAGAGUGUUUAUUACAAUGGAAGAAAUCAAUAAUUUCAAGACACCAAGCAAAUUAUCUGAAAAAAAGAAAUCUGCAUUAUGUUCAACUCCAUGUAUAAAUAUUCCUGCCUCUCCGUUUAUGCAGAAGCUUGGCUUUGGCACUGGGGUAAAUGUCUACCUCAUGAAAAGAUCUCCAAGAGGUUUGUCUCAUUCUCCUUGGGCUGUGAAAAAGAUUAACCCUAGAUGUAAUGAUCAUUAUCAAAGUAUGUAUCAAAAGAGACUAAUAGAUGAAGCUAAGAUUUUGAAAAACCUCCAUCAUCCAAACAUUGUAGGUUAUCGUGCUUUCACUGAAGCCAGUGAUGGUAGUCUUUGUCUUGCUAUGGAAUAUGGAGGUGAAAAGUCUCUAAAUGACUUAAUAGAAGAACGAAAUAAAGAUAGCCAGGAUCCUUUCCCAGCAGCCAUAAUUUUAAAAGUUGCUUUGAACAUGGCAAGAGGGUUAAAGUAUCUCCACCAAGAAAAGAAACUGCUUCAUGGAGACAUAAAGUCUUCAAAUGUAGUAAUUAAAGGUGAUUUUGAAACAAUUAAAAUCUGUGAUGUAGGAGUCUCUCUACCACUGGAUGAAAAUAUGACUGUGACUGACCCCGAGGCCUGUUACAUUGGCACCGAGCCUUGGAAACCCAAGGAAGCUUUGGAAGAGAAUGGUAUUAUUACUGACAAGGCAGACAUAUUUGCCUUUGGCCUGACUCUGUGGGAAAUGAUGACUUUGUCUAUUCCACAUAUUAAUCUUCCAGAUGAUGAUGAUGAUGAAGAUAAAACUUUUGAUGAAAGUGACUUUGACGAUGAAGCGUACUAUGCAGCUCUGGGGACAAGGCCACCUGUUAAUAUGGAAGAACUGGAUGAAACAUACCAGAAAGUAAUUGAACUCUUCUCUGUAUGCACUAACGAAGACCCGAAAGAUCGUCCUUCUGCCGCACACAUUGUAGAAGCUUUGGAAAUAGAUGUCCAGUGAUCCCCUCAUAUUCAUGACUGCUGAGCUUUACGUUGGCUCAUACAUAGAACACUGUUCUGUUUACUGUAAUACAUUAUAUAGUUACUACAAUAAGCUGUAAUUAUUAGACUUUUUGAAGUGACCUGCUUUAGGCCCAUAGCACCUAGUUAACAUGUAAACAAUUAUUUAUAAUAUUUUUUAACAUGCUAAUGAUUUGAGAUUAUAGAAGGUUUUCUAUUAAGUUUAAGAAACUAGCUACUUAAGUAUUGGAAUUUUGUAGAGAUUUAAAACACUAGCGGUAGUACAAUGCUGUAAACUCUAUGUCUAACAUUAAUUUGGAUUGAGUGACCAUCACUUUUAUUAAUGUUUCUCAAAAGUUCUUUAUUUUAAUGGAUCUGUUGAAAUUAGCACUUUGUGCAGUACAAAGUAAGUCUAUGUUUGCUUGUCUUUUAAACCAUUAAACUUUUUCCUGGCCUUUUUUGGUUGAUGUGCUUAUUAUUAAAUAUGUUCACCAGAAGCUGAGAGAACGUGGCUCAAAAGACUAGCUCCUUAGGUAGUUACAGGCAUUUUUGGUUAAGUCUUGUCUUGCUCUCUUGGAUCUCCCCAGGUCUUUGGCUUUUGCUUUAAUUUAUUUAAAUGUAUUUUCUGCAUUGAGAUCCCUUUUUUAUUUUUUAUUUAGUAAUCUGUAUCUUAAGCAUGUCAUAGUUCUGGUGUAAAAAUAAUGAAAUUCUAAUAGGAUGAUAUAGAAUAAAGGAGACUUCUAUUA